CUUAAUUAUUGCUUCCUCUAAAACAUGAAGCAAAAAAUAGUUAUCAAGGUGCAAAUGAGCUGUGAAAAAUGCAGAACCAAGGCCAUGAAGAUUGCCGUAACAGCAGAUGGUGUGAGCUCGGUGGCAAAACAAGGGUCAGAAAACGAUCAGUUGGUGGUGAGUGGCGAAGGUGUUGACCCGGCUAACUUGACCCGCUCGCUAAGGAAGAAGCUUUGUUAUGCCACCAUAUUGAGCGUCGAAGAAGUGAAGGAAAAAGUGGAAGAAAAGCCGGAGAAAAAACCGGAAGUUCAUAGUUUUAGCCACUUGCCACAGUUUCCAGUGUAUUAUCAAUUACAUCAACCAAGUCCCAACUACUAUGAAACCGUCUACGAUCAGUAUCCAGCAGAUAUCUGCUCCAUCUUGUGAUCGUACGUUGAUUUCCCUCUCCUUCAAUCAA